CUCCCGUGCACCGACAAAGGUUUCGAUGACGUCAUCAGAGUGCGACACGAAUUGUUGUAGCGGGUGAAGCGUGAACCGGGAGCUGAUAAGCUAUGAACAGCCGCCUGCAGGAGAUCCGAGCCCGGCAGAAGCUGCGGAGGAAACUGCUGGCCCAGCAACUGGGAGCGGAAAGUGCUGACAAUAUUGGAGCUGUACUGAACAGUAGAGAUGAGCAAAGGGAGAUCGCCGAAGCCAGAGAAAUGUGUCGAGCAUCAUAUGAUACGUCCGCAUCUAAUCUGAAGCGGAAGACUCCAGAGGAAGGGGAGGCUGCUGAACAAGUGGUUGAAGAAUGCAAGGAUGCUGUUGAACCGCAAAAGGAGGAAGAGAACCUACCCUACAAAGAAGAGAUCUACAAAGAUUCUAGCACUUUCCUAAAGGGAACCCAGAGUCUGAAUCCUCACAAUGACUACUGCCAGCAUUUUGUUGACACGGGCCACAGACCUCAGAACUUUAUCAGAGACGUCGGAUUAGCAGACCGAUUUGAGGAAUAUCCAAAACUCCGAGAGCUGAUCAGACUAAAGGAUGAGCUAAUAUCAAAAUCCAAUACGCCUCCAAUGUACUUACAAGCAGACCUUGAGACAUUUGAUCUGAGAGAGUUGAAGAGCGAGUUUGAUGUCAUCCUACUUGAACCACCACUAGAAGAAUAUUACAGGGAGACGGGCAUUGCUGCCAAUGACAACUGGUGGACCUGGGAAGAUAUAAUGAAAUUAGAUAUUGAAGGCAUUGCAGGCUCCAGGGCUUUCGUGUUCCUGUGGUGUGGCUCUGGAGAAGGUCUGGAUUUUGGUAGAAUGUGCUUGCGAAAGUGGGGCUUUAGACGAUCUGAAGACAUUUGUUGGAUAAAAACUAAUAAAGACAAUCCUGGCAAGACCAAGACCUUGGACCCUAAGGCAAUCUUCCAAAGGACAAAGGAGCACUGCCUUAUGGGUAUUAGAGGAACAGUGCACCGCAGCACUGAUGGCGAUUUUAUCCAUGCGAACGUCGACAUCGACCUCAUUAUCACAGAGGAGCCAGAAAUAGGAAACAUUGAAAAGCCUGUGGAGAUCUUUCACAUCAUUGAACACUUUUGUCUGGGACGGAGGCGGCUCCAUCUUUUUGGCAGAGAUAGCACAAUAAGACCUGGUUGGCUUACUGUGGGACCUACACUGACAAACAGUAACUUCAACUCGGAGGCGUACGGUUCAUAUUUUAAUUCUCCUAAUUCAACCCUAACUGGCUGUAGUGAAGAAAUUGAGAGACUUCGUCCUAAAACCCCACCACCAAAAUCGGACCGUGGCUUUGGUACAGCAAGAGGGGGUGGUCGCGGGGGACCCUCUGUGGGUCGAGGAGAACGUGGUAGAGAGAGGAGCAGAGGAAGUUUCAGAGGAGAUAGAGGAAACUUCCGAGGACGGGGAGGACCACAUAGAGGUGGCUUUGCCCCCCGUUAAUCUAUUCCUAGGAGAGGCUUUUGGAUGUUCUUUUUAUUUUUAUGGAACAGAUAUAAUGCUGUUGAAAAAAUGUUUUUCACGGAAUGCAAGCUUUAAACUUGAUAGUUGGAUGCUGGCUACUCUUUGUUAAUUUUUUUUAUAAUAAAGAAAAUGAAAUGGCUUUUUAUGGUCUUGUUUUGGAUAUUUAUAACAUUUGAAAAUGUAAUAUCUGCUGGAGAAGAUGAUGAUUUAUUAUUAUUGUUGAUGAAUUGGCCGCUGUCUAAAACAUCAGGUAUCGUUGAUUUCCUUUUUUCUGAUAAAUGAGUCCAGAUUAUCGUAAUUCUAAAGCCACACCCACUUUUAUAACACUUUCCUCUGUUUAGAAAAAGUAGAGGCUUCAUAAAUAUGGGGGGAGAUUUAUCAAUACCUGUCUGUAGAAAAGUUGCCCAUAGCAAACAAUCAGAUCGUUCCUUUCAUUUUUUUUAAAAAGCAUCUGCAAGAUGAAGGAAGCCAUCUGAUUCGCUGCUAUGGACAACUCAGCAACUUUUCCUCUGGGCAGGUUUGGAUAACUUUCUCCCAUGGUGUUUGGUCCUACAGUCUAGUUUAGGGAAAGAAGUGAUUGUUAUAAACUGUUCAUAAAAUAGCAGGAGGAAUAACCUUACAUUUGAGUUGAAGAAGAAAAUGACCCAGCAAUGGUAUUUUAUAGGAAUACAGUUAUUCAAUAAAAUAGAGGUGUAGGUUAUUUUUAAUCUUUAUACUGCACACCGGCAUCUGUUAGAUAUAUAAUAUUGUAAAGAUACAAAAUUAAAUAAAAAUGGAAUAUCUAUUUAUUUUAUUUAGUUUUGCUAAUAUUUUUUCUUGAAGAUUUUUCAUAAAAUACAAAUAAACAAUGAAUGCACAAA